AUGACUUCCUCAUCCUCCUCAUCGCCCGAAAUCCUGCCUUCAACAAGUACAGACCCACAGCACGAAAAGUUCUCAUACAAGCACGCAACCCACGACGAAGUCCUUGAAGAACUUACUAGCCGCUUUAUUGUCAAUCUUCCCGAGGAAGAGCUUGCUUCCCUAGAGCGGAUAUGUUUUCAAGUGGAGCAGGCUCACUGGUUUUAUGAAGACUUCAUGCGCGAGGAAAAUCCCAAGCUGCCUUCACUGCCGUUGAAGAAGUUCUCGGCCAUGCUGUUUCGCGAGUGCCCGCUUCUACAUCGCUGGCGUGAUGAUCAUGAAGAGGCUUUCACCCAAUUCAUGCAAUACAAGACCCGUGUACCGGUUUGCGGGGCUAUCAUGUUGAACGAUUCCCUGGAUAAGUGUGUGCUCGUGAAGGGCUGGAAAGCAUCGUCUGGUUGGGGAUUUCCCAAGGGAAAGAUUAAUCAGUCAGAACCACCCCAUGUUUGUGCCGUUCGAGAGGUUUUGGAAGAGACCGGAUAUGAUUUGGCUGGACAGAUUGUCCCGGACGAUGUUUUGACAACGACAAUCAAAGACCAGAAAAUAUCCUUGUAUAUUGUUUCCGGAGUACCUGAAGACUAUCCCUUCAUGACGAAAACACGGAAGGAGAUCAGUAAAAUCGAAUGGUUUCGUUUAGUCGACCUCCCCACCUGGAAACGUAACAAAACUGUUGCUGGCAAGUUUUAUCUUAUCUCGCCUUUUAUUGGCCCCUUGAAAGCGUUUAUCAAUGCCCGACGACCCACAAGGCUGGGGCGGACAAGGCGUGCCCCUGCUCCCGCUUUGCCCACCACAGAAGAGGAGGACGAGGGGGCCGACCUUGUAUCAGUUGGGCAAGGACAGUAUGCAGAUUACUCCGAUGCAACGCAAGAAUCUAGCUCCCAGUCCUCGUCGGCGGAUAAUGGCGAUCCUCAGACCCCGUCUCCCCAGUAUAUACAAGCUGUUGCCCGCGCACCGCCACAUAUCGCCGCUUCACACCCAGAGCCCGUCGACCCGCAUAUGGCCCGGCUUUUGUCGUCCCUCACGCUGUCUGCCACGAGUACAGUCGUCGAUGAAGUCUCAGCCAAGAAGGUCGCCAAUGCUCAACUUGCUCCCAGCACGACGUCGUUCAAGAUGCCCGCCGGUCGGUCGGUCAGUCACGAAGAGCCUCAGCCAGCGUUGCCCGUUUCACCACCACAACAAUCGCAAAGGACUUCGUCUUCCCCGCAGGCAAGCAAGGCGCCGGCGUCCCGGCAAGCGCCUGUCGCAGCUGCUCCCGUCAAUCCACCAUCAUUGAUUGCCCCCACGUCGCCCAUCUCUCCUCGAUCGCGUGGGCUUGGCUCGAGGCGCACAGCAAGUACCGCAGAUAUCUCUCCUUAUUUAUCUCGUACCAUCGAGGCGCCUUCUUCUGCCAAAACCCUUAAGCAGCUUGCCCUUCUAGAAUCUAUUGCUAAUGAGUCGGAGAAAGUGACUCCAACCCUAGCCAAUCGUGGCCUUCCUUCUGUUGGUUCUGAAUUUUCAAAUGCGGGCAGAUUUUCUGCUCUUCCCGGGCCAAUGAAUGCGCCCUCUACACUAGCACCCAAUCUAAACGACUUGCACGUGAUCUAUUCAUCCAAUCCCGUUGCAGGUCCGCCUUCAAAUGCGCAUUUCCCUAGCACAUAUCACCCACUACCGCAACCCGAUCCUUUCCAAGUCCGUCCGCACACCAGCCUUUCUUAUCGUAGCCCAAUGCCGGGCCACGGUAUCGUGCACAUUCCUCAACCUGCACCCUACGUUAUUCCUUCCCCCAUGCAGUUCCAGCCAUUCUUUCAGACUCCUUCAAUGAUGCCUCUUCCCCCAGCUGGCCCGCAAAUGAUGCAGCCCUUUGUCCCCCCGCCCAUGCCGCGGCCUUCGUCCCAGUUCUCUGGUGCGUUCAUCCAAGGCAACAACCGUAUGGCCAUGGCAUCCCCAGGUGACUCUGCAGGGUUCAAUCCUCGCGGUGCCGUUGCCUUCAACCCUUUGCUAUCCAUUCUCAACGCUAAGCAAGCGUAA